AUGGAAGAAAUUCCUUCUAUUCGUCGACGCUCAUCGUUGUUUUCUAUUAAUCAAGCUAGCGAUUCCGGCUCGACCUCGAAUGAACUAGUCAAAUAUCAGAAGCAGCUCCGGCUGGAAAUAAAACAAUGGACUAGUUUGCUUCGUACCAAAUCUCAUAAAUUACAGCAGCUACGUGCAUCAUCCCACAAAGUCGAUGCAUCCAUUUUGAGCGAUGAGCAGCGAAGAUAUCCUGCUGACAGUCCAACAGUGGAUAAUUACAUUGCCGAAACCGAAGCAUUCGAUAAAGCGAUCAUCAAAUACUUUGAGCAAAAAUCAUUUCUGAUGGAAAGGAAUGCGCAUAUUGUGGAACAAGCAAAAGCAUUGGUGGAACUAGAGAUUAAAGAUAAAAUAACCAACGAGUUAUCGGCAACUAUCGUUCCGUAG